UUUUCCUUCGUAUUUUUACUUUUCUGUUCCAUUUCGCUGGGUCCCACGUUUACCCUUUUCUUUUUCCCUUCGUGCUUUUUCUCAAAUCUUCUGCUUAUAGUUCUAGUGUCUUGUUUUUUAUUAUUUUGUGUAUAUAUAAAAUAUAAAUCUGCAUACAUAACAGCAAACAAUCAUGGUCUCGACCAUUCCAGGAUCAUUCGAACAGCAAUUGGCAGCGGCAAACGAUUUCCCACAAACCACCAGCGACAGUUCACCUGAUUGGAGCAUUGAUGACAAUGCUCAAGAGCUUUUGAAUGAAGCCAUUGCCAGCAACUAUCGUUCCCAGGAUCCCAGUUCCGAUGCUUCAGCAGUAGACCAACAGAAGCGAAUUGGUUCAAAACGCAAGUCUGCUGCUGCUACUGCUGCUGCUAGCAAAUUGUCAGACGACAGUUCGACUACUUCCUCUUCUUCAGCCGAUAACAAAAGAACAAAUAAUAAAGCCAGUGCAACAGGUCCCAAGCGAGCUGGUCGUAGGCCUUUAGAAAAGACCGUACUAUCGGACGCACCAUUGGAUCCAAAGCAAAAACGGAAAGAACAAAACCGAGCAGCACAACGUGCGUUCCGUGAACGUAAAGAGCGUCAUGUGUCUGAGCUGCAAGAUCGGAUUCGGGAACUCGAAGAAGAAAAUGCAUCGCACAGCCACUUGGCCAAAGAAAAUGCUCGUUUGAAAGAGCAGCUCCGGAAGCUGCAGGAGGAAAACUACUCGCUCAAGGGGACGCCAUUUACAUUUGAGUUCCCACCAAAGGCAGCAAUCAUUCAUGAGGACGAGUACCAGUAUCGGAGUAGCAACAGUACCAGCAGCAGCAGCUGCGGCAGCUUGAGCAUCACAGGCGACAAAACAUCAUCGUCAUCACCUGGUUCGAGCAAUAAUAGCGAACGGUCCAGUAGCGGCGAGUCUCCUUCGAUGACGCUCGAUCAUCUUUCGAGUUUGGAAGAGGAUGAUGAGCAGCAGCAAGGAAACGAUCUGCAGCAUCAACAGCAGCAUCAGCCAGCUGACAUUACUAUUACUACUACUACAACUACCGCCACAAAUGAUGACCAACAACAGCAGCAGCAGAGUGCAUUGUUUGGAGAACAACCGUUUUCAACCUUCCAGAACUCUCAGGAGUUGUCGAUCGAUGAUCUGCUUGCACCCUUUGCCAGCAACACAGGCCACCUCUUUGACACACCGACCAACAAGGAUCACAAUCAAUUUGCAUUCACUGAUUAUCGGGUGCCCCAGUCCGCGGACAGUUUCCUAUUUCAGGCAGAUUUACCGCCUCUUUUUGGUGGCGAUGUGGAUUUGUUUGGUUUAUCUGCACCAGCGCCAAACAACGACAAUAUCGAUCCUACUGCUCUGAACAACAACAACAACAACAACAACUACUAUGCACAGCCAGAUUCAUCACAACAGGAUACAAAGUGUCAAGUCUUGAUGAAAUCAUUACGAGACAACAAGACAACGAACCCAAGUGCCUAUGAGAUUGAUCGUCAGCUCAAAGACUAUUGUCCUGACUUUGAUUUAGACCAUCUCUGUUGGGAGCUCAAGGAUAAGGCCAAGUGCUCCGAAGAAAGGUUUAACGAAAAAGACAUGGGAAUCAUCAUUGACUAUCUCGAAAAAAAGGAUGACAAGAAAUGCUCUGCAUAAGCAUUGCUUGUCUCUCUCUCUCUCAUCAUCGUCAUCAUUAACCACUCGCUUUGCAACUUGUCUCCUCUUCCUUGUCGAAACAUCAUAUGCCCUCCUCUCUCUCCUCGUCGCUGUCUUUUUCUUCCUUCACAACUCAGUAUAUCUUUUUCUUUUCCCUCCCUCAAAUUGUCAUGUCAUAGUUCUCUUUUCUUUUCUUUUUUUGUGUACAGAAAAAUAAAUAAAUAAAUAUAUAUAUAAGU